CCUGGUGAAACGUGGCAGAGCGCCACAACACAUCUAGACAUUCGACAGGACGGAUCAAAAUUUUUAGUUCUCUUUUCGGUACACUAGCACCAAUCCAAACAAAUUCUAUUCCAAUCAUUUUGGUUUAGUUUGUUAGUUUUGGUCGAAGACACUCGGAAUGUUCCUAGCCAAGAGCAGCUCAACAGCCCUGCGGCCGAAGCUAUUCAGCGGGGCGGUAAGUAUGCUGAGGAUCAGCCAGCGGCUGGAGAGCAAGUGUCCAACCCCCGAGGGGGAAAAGAACAAAUGCUUCAAGUUCAGGGGGGACAUCUGUACUGCGGAUAAAAAGCCCCAGAACACUGACUGUGCGCCGCCGGUUCCGCCCAAGCCCAAGUACUACAAGCAGCUCGAUCCGUGCAAGUCGGACAAGGAGCUAGCCGUACAGCACCCCAAGUACCUGGGUGUCUACCCCCGAUGCAAGAUACCCUAUCAUCCGGAGCCGUGGUGCACGGACCCUUGCCUCCUUGAGGUGCGCAUGGACCCCCUUUACUACAAGCCCAGCGCCGCCCUGGACAAGAAGUAUGAGUGCUACUGGGUAGAGUGCUUUCAGCGGCGGCCAAAGCGCUGUUGCCGCCGCGUUCCACCGGAGCGCUCCUACCGGGUGAUAUACAACAAGUGCGACCACAGGACCCAAAAGAAGCAAUGCUUUAUGGUCGAUCCCAUGCCGUGCAAGCAGGACGCUCAAUACACCAGCUGCCCCAAGUUUGUGAUGUGUAACUGCCCCCUCGCCAACCAGCGCGUCGAUUGCCUGGGUCCACCCAAGCUGCGACCCCGGUGCCGUCGACCCCCAACCCAGUACCCCUGCUUCUCCGAGUGUCAGCACGAGGAGCUGUCCAAGCCGCGUCCGGUGGAGUGCCGUUGCCUAGAGGUGCCUUCCACGUGCGAACUCUACAGGUAUAUGAAGAGAACUCGCCAUCGCCGCGGACCCUGUGACCCCAUAGACAAGGGCUACGACCCCUGCGACCCCUCUACCCACUAAACCCAGGAUAAUGGAUAAUGGAUGACGUUUGGAUUUGGUAGCGACUGAAUUGAAUACCGUACUCCUAAUCUCCCUUCUCUAUACCGGAUCCGACCUGAUCGAUGUCAUUAAAACUAUUUAGGCCGCUUUCCGUUGUUUCCCAGGAGAGCUGGACUCCUGCUUAGGUUUCUGGAUACUAAAUUUUAGUGACUAACGAAAGUCCAAGGCACAGGACUUUUAGUAUUUUACAUACUGAUGAGUGAACAAUAAUUGUAUGAACCUUCUUAUUAAACGGCUAUAGUUUUCAA